AUGAUGAAGGUGAACUUGGUGAGGACAAAAGCUUAUUUUGUUUCCUAUAAGAAUAACUCUGUUGAUGACUAUCGCUUUGUUUACUUUACAGCUGGGUUUGCAUCUAUGAUAUGGAACUUGAAAAACUAUACCCAGUUAGGGUUUCAGUAUCAGCCACCGUCUUCCUCUUCUUCUUCUAAUAACAAUGGUGAUUCCGAUCCUGAAACUUCUGAUCUCAGUCAUGGGGCGGUCGAGAAGGAGAAGGAAGAGGAGGUAAGCAGAGCUUCUAUUCAUCAGGAGCUUGCAAGGUUGGAAUUGAAGGGGAACGAGGAAGAGGCGGUUCUGAAACUGGAUUUGGGGAUUAUGGAGGAGCAAUUGGGGCUGCUAAAAGUUGUUGUUGUACAAGGGAAAAGACUGGUCAUCCGGGAUUUCAAGAGUAGUGAUCCUUACGUUGUAGUCAAAUUAGGCAAUCAGACAGCAAAAACAAAGGUCAUAAAUAGUUUCCUUAAUCCAAUCUGGAAUGAAGAACUGACUUUCUCCCUCAAAGAACCUAAUGGAGUUUUGAAUUUGGAAGUGUUUGAUAAAGACCUCUUGAAGACAAAUGACAAAAUGGGACAUGCACAACUCAGCCUUCAACCACUUGUCUCUGCUGCUAGACUCAGGCAGAUUCUGUAG